UGUUUGAAAAUAUACAAUGUUUUUCCACCAGUGGCUGUGUGCCUGUGGAGCCCGGAGUUUACACAAGAGCUUCUCCCGGCUGCCCAAAAGACAGCGCUUCUCUACCAUCUCUCUUACCUGUGCCUGGGCAAGUUCACCAACCUGGAGAGAAUCAUCAGGAGUCGGGCGGUGGAAACACAGCUUCUGUUCGGCUCCUCUGAUGCAACUAUGUUGAAAUGUAUUUUGACCAGUGAAAACCUGGUAAAGUCACUGUUUCCCAUGUUGGUGACAGCUGUGGAGAAGAAUAAGCCGACUUUGGCGGUCAAAUUCCUAGAAAAAGCACGAGGUUGGAUCAAAGACAUUAUCACUGAUGUGGACAAGAUUGUGGAGAAGUAUGAUUUACACAACAAAGAUGUAGCAUCAUCCACCAGUGAUGUUAUCCAGGAAAAACAAGAUACAGAUAAAAAGAUUACAGAACAAGACCAAGAGUUGAAGGUGAUUAAUAAAGCCCUGAAUGAGAUGAAAUCUAAACUCCAGAAAACCACAGCAGAGCUUGCUGAAACUGAGAAAAAGAUAAACAGCAAAACCCAAGAAAUUCAAGAAUUUGCCAGAUGCAUAACUCAAACAAGUAAAGGCCUCGGCAUCUUCGCUGCAGUCGUUCCAUUCAUCGGGCCACUUGUUAAAGGCAUUUAUGAUGCUGUAAAGGAUCCUCAACACACUGCACAUAUAAAGGCUCUUGAAGCUCAACUGAAUGUCCUCAUCGCUGAGAAGACUGAUCAGAAACAGCAGCACUGGCAAAUCGAACUCCAGAUCAUUGAUUGGCAGAUGAAGGCUGCCAGAGCCAGUUUUGACCGGAAGUCCAUACCCAACCCCAUCCAUCUAAAUGAAGUUCAGAAAAGCUUGUCAAAAAUUCAGGACAUUCUGAUUCAGCUCAAAAACUUCUGGGAGAGUGUUGGUCAGAUGCUGGACAACCUGGAACAGAAGACCUUUGUUGGAGAAGAUCUUAUCGAGGAAAUUUACGCAUUUAAAGAGGAAUUUAUUGACUCAAUCAAAUCAGCCACAGAGGCUUGGAGCAGUUUUGGUGAAGGCUGUCAAAGAGCAUCUGCCAUCUUUAAGCUCCAGACCAGAGAUGCCUACAAGUUUCUGGAGGUCAGUCCUUCCUCUCUCUCCGCUGAGCAGUGGCAAAUACAGUACAGACGUGUAAAGAAACAACUGGAGAAAAUAGACGUGCUAGAAGCUGUGACGUCCUCUGUUACUCCUGCCCUUGAAUGAUCAGAGCGCUGACACACACGAGUCCUCUUUGAGUUUUCUGCCUCAUGAUGCUGGUAAUCUGGUAUGAUGAUGUUUAGCCUUUUUAAACACUGUACUUGUAAACCGCAGAGUUCUGUAAUCCUUUCUACUAAUGCCUAAAACACUCUAUAUGUACUCCUCUCUGUGUGUAUCAUCUCUUUAUGAGCUCUUGCAAAAAGACUCUCGUUGAAUGGAUAAAAAUGGAUGAAUGCUUCUAUGAAUAAAGUUUGAUAACAUCAUUA